AUGGGGCGAAAUCGAAGCCAUGGAGCACUGUCACCGACUCCUCCUCGUUCAGUGGCCACGGCUAAAGAGGCGCCAACACCGCGACCAAAGCCACCAGAUUCAAUGUCUCGAUCCGAAUCUACCUUGCUUCUACCAGGGAUUGCACGACGCCAGUCGAAAGCAGGACUUCGAGAACUGUUCUCCCAGAACAGACCGACAAGAACGCUAGCGACAACUUCGGAGAGCAAUCAAACGUUAUCCGACAAUCACACGAAUAUCCUUUCGACCAAGAACAUCGAUGCUUCCUGGGCUCCUCCCCCUCUAUUCCAAGCCUAUCAUCAAUCUCUUAAGCACAUCAGCCUUGAAGCUUCAACGCUUUCCGCUCCAUCAAUCAUCCGCUUGAACGAGCAGAGAAGUACAACCCGACCUCACAAUUCGGUGCAAAAUACCCCAAGCAUUCCAGCUGACAGCACAUCAACUCCUCGACGGCCGCGCCGGAUCUCGGCCUCGGUUGCGAACGCUGAAUGGACUCGGAAGGUCUACGUCUUGACCACGUCUGGACAACUUUUACAGUAUGCUGGAGAAGGAGCUUUUGACAGGAGACCUGAAAAGAUUCUACAGCUUGGCAAGGACUCCGCAGCCUUUGCCAGUGAUGCUAUCGAAGGUCGUCACUUUGUAUUGCAUGUAUCGCAAUCUUGUAGUGACGAUGGAGAAGCAGAUCUAAACUCAUCCAAAGGUAUUUUAUCUCGGAUAGGUAUCAGGACCGCAAGCGCUCGUCGUUCAGCCAAGGUCCUCCUGAUGGUUUUUGAGACUCCAGAAGAUCUUGACUCAUGGUUAUCGGCCCUGCGAAAGAUGAUUGGAAGCCUUGGAGGGCGUCCAUACAGCCCUGAAAUUUUUAGUUUCGGACCAAAACCUUCUGCGCAGCCAGCAGUCAGCCAGCGUUAUCUAGUUCAAAAGGAUGCAUGUCAGUUAUCUCAAGAACUCGGGUCGGCAGAGUCGAUGGAAAUAGCCAUUGAAGAACGUCUAUCCACGAAGAGUUCCACGUAUUCGGCAACAGACCUCGAAAGACUCCGGAAUUCGAAACAUUCCAACACCUCAUUUGUUGCAGAGACACCGACUAGUCUUCUCGAUUCGGCUCCUUCAUCACCAGCCCAAGAAAAGUUUGCUAUGACAGAGGUUCCAUAUUUAGAGCUUCCUGAUUUAGGUCCUACCUCUUUAGUCGAUUUUUCUCAACAUGGCAAGAGACAAUCCCGACUCUCGUUGAUGUUUGCCGAGAUCACGAGGCGCAGUUCUAUUGAUGCGAAGCCAACAGUAGCAAGAAAUUCUCGACAAGGUUCGCUGCAAGCACGGCCAGCUGCACGAAGAAACUCCUCCAUGCCUCAGAUUGAGCAGGACAUGGAUCAGGGUUCUGAUCAGAUAGCUGAGGAGGUGCAACAGCAUGGCGCCCCACCAAAGGACCAAAACACUCAAAUGGAUGAGCGCCGAGUUUCUACGGUUGCUCCAUUAUCAACAUUACUCUCUCUCCGACAUACUGCACCUGAGUUGCCCUCGAACCUAUUUUCGUCCACAUCCGAAUCUAUUCGCCAAUUACCUAAAAGGUACUCCUCUCUGGAGUACUCGCGGAGUUUUAGGCAAUCACACUUGCCCACGAUGGCUUUGUUCAAGCCGCCCUCGCUGGACAUCGACGUUCGUCGUCCCGCCAGUAUGCAGCUCCAAGCCGAGCCAAUGUCUGUAACGCAAAUUCCCGCACGCCCGCAGAGCCGCUACUCUUCCGCUCGAGAAUGCACAAGACCAGCAGAGGCCAUACAGAAGCAUCGCAUUGAUGUCAGAUUCUCGGUGGAGGCGUGUAAGAGAAAUGUGAACACGACUUUCGGACCUCCUGCUGGUCCUCCUCCAAGCUGUCCGCUGCCCGCAGUACCCAGGGCUGCGUUACCUCUGCGUCGGCAGUCCCUGGCAGCAAAAGAUAUAACGUUACCCCAAAGUUGGGUUAAAAAAGCUUCUGACUUUUUCUGA